AUGCACAGAACAGCAAGCACAGAACAUCACAUUACAGAACAGCACAAUACAGAACAGCACAGCACAGCACAGAACAGCACAGUACAGGCACACCACAGUACAGAACAGCACAGAACAGGUCAGGAGGUCAGAGAGGACCUGCCCCCAAGAACCUGGCCCUGUGUUGGAGGUCAGAGAGGACCUGGCCCUGUGUUGGAGGUCAGAGAGACUGGCUCUCGAGACCUGGCCUGUGUUGGAGGUCAGAGAGGACCUGGCCCUGUGUUGGAGGUUCGAGAGGACCUGGCUCUCAGAGGACCUGGCCCUGUGUUGGAGGUCAGAGAGGACCUGGCCUGUGUUGGAGGUCAGAGAGGACCUGGCCCUGUGUUGGAGGUCAGAGAGGACCUGGCCCUGUGUUGGAGGUCAGAGAGGACCGUGGCCUGUGUUGAGGAGUCAGAGAGGACCUGGCCCUCAGAGGACCUGGCCCUGUGUUGGAGAGAGGACCUGGCCCUGUGUUGGAGGUCAGAGAGGACCUGGCUCAAGGACUGGCCCUGUGUUGGAGGUCAGAGAGGACCUGGCCCUGUGUUGGAGGUCAGAGAGGACCUGGCCCUGUGUUGGAGGUCAGGAGAGGACCUGGCCCUGUGUUGGAGGUCAGAGAGGACCUGGCCCUGUGUUGGAGGUCAGAGAGGACCUGGCCCUCAGAGGACCUGGCCCUGUGUUGGAGUCAGAGAGGACCUGGCCCUCGGAGACCUGGCCUUGGUGGAGGUCAGAGAGGACCUGGCCCUGUAUUGGAGGUCAGAGAGGACCUUGCCUCAGAGGACCUGGCCCUGUGUUGGAGGUCAGAGAGGACCUGGCCCUGUGUUGGAGUUUGGGAACCGCUGCUCCAGUGUAGCUGAUGUGUUUUCUCUGCUGUGUGUGUGUAGUGCCCAGGCGUUACAGACCAUGUUCCAGCUGAUGACUCCUAAACAGAUGUUUGAGCACCUGAAGGGUUAUGAGGAGGUGUCCCAUAUCAACUGGAACGAAGACAAGGCUGCAGCCAUACUGGAGGCCUGGCAGAGGAAAUACUCAGAGGCAGUAAAGCAGAGUGUAGCAGCCAACUCGUCUCAGAAAGUGCUGACGUUUACCACCACCACUCUGGAAGACAUCCUCAAGUCUUUCUCUGAUGUCAGCAUCAUACGAGUGGCCAGCGGCUACCUGCUCAUGUUGGCCUAUGCGUGUCUGACCAUGCUACGCUGGGACUGUGCUAAGUCUCAGGGAGCUGUCGGACUGGCUGGUGUCCUCUUGGUGGCGCUGUCUGUGGCUGCAGGCCUGGGGCUCUGCUCUCUGUUGGGCAUAUCCUUCAACGCUGCCACCACACAGGUAGCACACACACACGACCGUACGGGGGAGUGUUUGAAGAGGACAGGGGCUAGUGUAGCUCUCACCUCCAUCAGUAACGUCACUGCUUUCUUCAUGGCAGCUCUCAUCCCUAUACCUGCCCUACCCUUCUCUCUGCAGGCUGCGGUGGUGGUCGUGUUUAACUUUGCCAUGGUGCUGCUCAUCUUCCCUGCCAUCCUCAGUAUGGACCUGUAUCGCAGAGAGGACCGGCGUUUUGACAUUUUCUGCUGCUUCUACAGCCCUUGCGCUAACAGGGUGAUCCAGAUCGAGCCCCAGGUCCACAUGGACGGAGCGGACAGCAGUCGCUACAGCCCCCCUGCCCCCUCCUACCACACCACCCCUCCCACAUACAGCAGCUCACCCCCGUCCUACAGCAGCCAUGGUUUCUCCCAGCAGACUCAGAUCACCAUGCAGUCUACRGUCCAGCUGAGGACAGAGUACGACCCCAGGACUCAGGCCUUUUACACUACGGCCGAACCCAGGUCCCAGAUCUCAGUACAACCCUUCACACCCACGCCUGUCGCCACCGGCCCCGCCAACAACCCCAACACCAGUCACGCCAGUCACGGAAACAACAGCCACCACAGCAACCAUCUCAGCCGGAGUGGGAGUAGCAGUGGUCACGUCAACCUCAACAACAACAACGGUAGCCGUGGUUCAGGCUCGGUCCCUUCUCCUCCCCAGUUGUCCUCUGGCGUCCCCACUGUCUCCCCCCAAGCGGGGGAGGGGGUGUGUGUGUCGGGGGAGAGUGCCAGCUCCACCAGGGAUCUGCUGUCCCAGUUUGGAGGGGCCUCUCUGGGGCUGCGCUGUCUGGAGCCCCAUUGCUCCCGGUGGACCUUGGCCUCCUUUGCCGAGAAGCACUACGCCCCCUUCCUACUGCAGCCCACCACCAAGGUGGUGGUCAUCCUGUUGUUCCUGGCCCUGCUGGUAGUCAGUCUGUACGGGACCACACGGGUGCGGGACGGGCUGGAGCUGACCGACAUCGUUCCCAGGGAGACCAGCGAGUACGACUUCAUCGGGGCCCAGUUCAAGUUCUUCUCUUUCUACAACAUGUACGUGGUGACCCAGCGGGCGGAGUACUCCCAGGCCCAGCCCCUGCUCUACCAGCUGCACCACAGCUUCAACACGGUCCGCUAUGUACUGAGAGAGGACGACGGACAGCUACCACGCAUGUGGCUCCACUACUUCAGGGACUGGCUGCAAGCUCUGCAGGAAGCAUUUGACCAGGACUGGGAAGCAGGUUGGAUCACACAGAGCAGCUAUAGGAACGGUUCAGAUGACGGGGUCCUGGCCUACAAACUACUGGUACAGACCGGACGCAGGGAAAGGCCCAUCAGCGUUAACCAGCUGACUAGGCAGCGCUUGGUGGAUGCGGAUGGCAUCAUCAACCCAGUGGCAUUUUACAUCUACCUGACUGCGUGGGUCAGCAACGACCCGGUGGCGUACGCAGCCUCGCAGGCCAACAUACGGCCCCACCCCCCGGAGUGGCUCCACGACCGCACAGACUCCAUGCUCGAGACACGCCUCAGCAUUCCUGCUGCCGAGCCCAUCGAAUAUGCACAGUUUCCAUUCUACCUCAACGGGCUCCGCGAGACCCCCCAGUUUGUGGAGGCCAUCGAGUCGGUGCGAGCCAUCUGCAGUAACUACAGCCGCCAGGGCCUACCCAGCUACCCCAACGGCUACCCCUUCCUCUUCUGGGAGCAGUACGUAGGCCUCAGACACUGGCUGCUGCUCUCCAUCAGCGUGGUGCUAGCCUGCACCUUCCUCGUCUGUGCCCUCUUUCUGCUCAACCCCUGGACUGCCGGCAUCAUCGUCCUGGUCCUGUCUCUGAUGACCGUGGAGCUGUUUGGUAUGAUGGGGCUGAUAGGGAUCAAGCUCAGUGCUGUUCCUGUGGUCAUCCUCAUCGCCUCUGUCGGCAUAGGAGUAGAGUUCACUGUACAUGUUGCUCUAGCGUUCCUCACAGCGAUAGGGGACCGUAACAGACGGGCAGUGCUGGCGUUAGAACACAUGUUCGCUCCGGUUUUGGACGGAGCCUUCUCUACUCUACUAGGAGUCCUCAUGCUAGCAGGCUCUGAGUUUGACUUCAUCGUCAGGUAUUUCUUUGCUGUGCUGGCCAUCCUGACCAUUCUGGGGGUGCUGAAUGGUUUGGUCCUUCUCCCUGUGUUGCUGUCUUACUUUGGCCCCUAUCCAGAGGUGACCCCUGUUGAUGGGUGUAGCCAGUUACCCACCCCGUCCCCAGAGCCCCCUCCUCACGUGGUCCACUUCUCCGUCCACCCCUGCCACACCACCUCAGGGACGGGGACAGGUACAGGCUCUGAUUCGUCAGACUCUGAGUACAGCUCCAACACCACGGCAUCAGGCAUCAGCCAGGAGCUGCAGCAGUACGACCUCCCCACCACUAGAGGCAGAGCUGGGAGAGCAGAGGAGGUGCGACGAGGAGCAGUGCCAAGAAGGACAGCUAGACAAGGAAACGCCACAGCCUACUCUUUGUCUUCUUCGGUCCUGCCGGAGUCGGAUGCCCACCCCGGUGCAUCCCGUCGCUUCAGCAAGAGGGAUCUACAUUCGCUGCCCCCAGCCCGCCCGCGCAUGGACGCUUUUGAAACUGCUACUGAGGCUGGAGGCCAUUACGGCUCCGAGGGCCAUUUUGUCUCGGGAGGCCACCGAGAACAUUCUGCGGGGCACAGAACUCGUCCAUCCCACAACCCCCGGCCCAAUCACCACCAACCUCACCACUCUAACCCCGCCCCUACUUACUGCCAGCCCAUCACCACGGUAACGGCCUCUGCAUCGGUUACCAUCGCCGUCCACUCUGCCUCUCCCCCCACUCAGAGCCCCACCUCCUCUUACCCAGGACACACUGCAGCGGACAGUUACCACACAGCAAGGGGCGCAGAGCCUGAGCCUGCCUUCCAGCACCCCCAUGUGCCACUGGAGGUCCAUACGGGUUGCAGAGGAACCAAGAUGGACACCAAUGUGGAGGCCAUGGAGCUCCAGGAUGUGGAGUGUGAGGCAGCUGAGAGCGAUUCUGAUAAGAGGGCAAGCUGAGUGGAGGAGAGCAGAAGCACAACGGCCAAAGAUGGACUCCRUCUCUCACUCAGCGGCCCAAUGCAGCGCAGCUCAGCGACACACAUAACCCAGUGGUGGCUAGUGCCAUGGUGCUCAUUCUUACUGUAACCCCGUGGAUGUUUGUCUUAGAUAUCUCUAUCCAUCAUUAAAAUAUGUAUACUUAUGUAAAUAUGAACAAAGAAGUAGCUAUAAUGUAGGAGCUGGACAGCUCCUUUUUUUAACAGACUGGGGACAUCAUUUUCUAUGGCGUGUGUGUUUUUGGUUUUACUUUCCUUGUCGGGGCCAGAAGUCAUCACAAGCACAGUAAAACAUGUACAAUUGGAGACAUUUAGCCAGUCCCCACACGGAGAAAGGCUAUUUUAAGCUUAGGGGUUAGGGUUACGAUUAGGGUGAUGGUUAGAAUUAGGUUUAGGAGUUAGGGUUAAAUUAGGGGUUUGGGGUAAAGAUUAGGGUUAGAUUAAGGCUUAAGGUUAGGGUUAGGGUUAGGGGUUAGUGAAAAUAGGACUUUGAAUGGGACCAAUUAUUUUGUCCCCACAAGGAUAGUAAAACAAACGUGUGUGUGAGAAAUCUCUGAUUACUGUUGUUCAAUCGUCUGUGGAUCUGUGCCAUGAGGAAGCUUCAUCUAGACAAUACAGUUCAGCAUACAUUGUUGCUGCUUCAAAUAUUUUGUAAUAAUGUAUAAUAACUUGUAUAAUAAUUCUAUGCAAAUGUUUAUUUUAUGUUAGAAAGAGGUGAGUGUGUGUGUAAAUGUGAUUGUGGGUAUAUGUGGGUGCGUAGGUGGGUGGGUAACUCAUCAGAUACAUCUCUAAAAAGAAAUAGACUAACAAUCACGUCAAGUGAAACUACUCAAUAGCUACACAGGGCAUGUAUGUGUGUGUUUAUAUAUGUGUGUGUGUGCAGGUGUGUAUGUUUGUGUGUGUUUGUGUAUAAAGGUACUUUUUUUUUUAAACAAUUAAUUUGCAUAUCACAAACCUGUGGUAGUUAUGAAACAAUUACUGUUAAACUCUGACUCACGCUAUGCGUGCUAUUUAAUACGAGCCGAUAUGUAGAAGAUAUAAAAGGUGUUUGUUGUGACUUGGCUGUCCCUUGAACUCAAUUACCCAUCUCCUAUUUCCUCUGUGAUGUCAUAUCUCUCAGCGGCCAUCUUAUAGUAGCAUGAGUCAUCUUAUAGUAGCAUGAGUCAUCUUAUAGUAGCAUGAGUGGGCGUAAAAGUAUCACUCCCAUAGUUAAAAUGGAACUGACAGCGUUUUAACUACUU